AUGGAAAAAUGCAGUAGAAAUCUAAGAAAUCACGGUAUUACAAACACCUCACUUGUUUACGACGUAGAUCCCACUAUUGACUUUCAUAUCUACAGAAGGUCAUGUCUUCUGAACGCCGUUCCAGCGUUCAAUGUUGUUGGAGCUCAGUGGCAAGCAAUGCUGGUUGGACUUACUGGACUUGAAAGAGUUUACGCUUAUUUCUGCCCGAUACAGUACUACAAACUUAGGCGGACGAUACCAUACUUGCUCACGGGGCCUUUGGUGCUACUGUCGUUGGCAGCUGGUAUACUUACUGGAUUGUUUUUUAUUCGUAAUAUUACUGGGCCAUUUCUAUGUACUUUAAGUACUGCUUACGGAGGACUUUAUGGGAUCUUCCAUUACACAGUAGUUAUCGGUGUUACUGUCGUAGGGUUCAUUUGUACUACUUUGGUGAAAAUACUUAUUAUGAGGGCACGAAAUCAUGUAACCAAAGACGAUGAAGCCGCGUCUCUUAGAGCAGCAGCAUUAGUUGCCAUCUUUUCGUUGCUAUUUGUUUGCGUCCCCAACGUGCUGAUACUUUGUCUCCGUUCGCAUCUACGAAGUGAAUCAAUGGUUGUCUUAUCCGCUUACACCAACUGCUUCUUCUGUGCUCGAGCGCUGUUAGACGUUGUUGUGUACUUAAUUGUGGACGUGGAAUAUCAACGUUUCGUCAUUAAGUGGUUACAAACUGCGCGCAGAAACAGAGCUGAAAGUUCAAAGUGUAUAUAG